AUGGCUCCCAUAGAAAAUAUCGAGCUUCAGUCUAUCUCAGCAUUUGGUGUUAGUAGUGACAGCUCCACCCAGGUCUCGCGAGGAUAUGUAUCGGACACUGCCCAAACUACAUUGAGUUCUAAAUCUCUGGAGCAAUUGGACUCGGAGGGAACGGUUCGGUACGAUGACAUUCCCGAGGAGCGAAAGCAGAUAGGAGCUUUCACAGCCACCUUCCUUGUCUUUAAUAGAAUAAUCGGCACAGGGAUAUUUGCCACUCCCAGCACGGUUUUAGCUUUGACUGGAAGCGUGGGAAUGUCGCUGGUUGUAUGGUUUUUGGGAAUGAUCAUUGCUAUGGCGGGUACUGCGGUUUACCUAGAGUUUGGAACAGCCAUUCCUAUAAACGGCGGAGAGAAGAAUUACCUGGAGUAUGUAUAUACAAGGCCAAAAUUCCUUGCGACAGCGAUGUAUGCCUCGUAUGCCCUCCUGCUAGGCUGGGCUGCCGGAAACAGUGUUAUUUUCGGCGAAUAUCUUCUCCAUGCUAUAGGAUUCGAAGUCAAUCGAUGGAACCAGCGAGGUAUUGGGUUUUUGUGUAUCACAGCGGCCUUCGCUAUUCAUACUACGGCUGUGAACUGGGGCAUUCGUGUCCAAAAUGCGCUGGGCGUUAUGAAAUUGGUCGUCGUUCUUUUGAUUGUUGUUGGAGGCCUUUUGGCGUGUGCUGGGUUUGUGAACAUAGAGCGACCGCGCAAUUUCGAGCAACCUUGGGGCGAGAAACCGCCUACAGCGUAUGGGGUGGUGACAGGUUUGUAUAACGUGAUCUGGUCGUAUGUUGGGUAUGCAAAUGCAAAUUAUUGCCUCAGUGAGACUCGACACCCAGUACGCACACUUAAAAUAGCCCUGCCAGUUGGUAUUUGUAUGGUUGGGGCUCUAUAUUUCCUUGUCAACAUCGCCUACUUUGCCGCUGUCCCCAAAGAAGAGAUGCUAGCAUCGGGGAGAAAACUGGCAGCAUCUUUCUUCCGAAAUGUUUUCGGAUCUAAAGCAGAGCGAGCUUUAUCAGUAUUCGUUGCGUUCUGCGCUUUUGGAAAUGUGCUUGCUAUUCUCUUCUCUCAGGGACGCAUUAUUCAGUCUUUAGGGAGAGAGGGACUCUUGCCAUUAUCGUCGUUUUGGGCCAGUAAUCGACCGUUUAAUUCCCCCGCCGCUGGGCUUCUUGAGCAGUAUGUGGUCUCGGUAUUUAUCAUGCUCGUGCCACCUCCUGGAGAUGCAUAUGAUUUUCUUCUUAAUCUCAUCGGAUACCCUCUUUCGGUUAUAAACGUCUUUGUCUCUGGGGGGCUUAUUCAUAUUUAUUUUUUUCCAGCUCGUUACCAAAACUGGUAUCCCGGCUUCCGUGCUUCUUUACCGGUUGCUAUAUUUUUCUUUCUUUGCAAUCUUUACCUGGUCGUGGCACCGUUCCUCCCUCCACCAGAUAAAAGCGACAAUGUAUAUGACAGCAUGCCAUAUUAUAUCCACUGCGUGGGUGGAAUUGCGAUCUUUGGCAUUGGAGCACUGUAUUGGCUGGUUUGGGCUAGAAUUCUUCCUUGGACAGGGGGAUAUCAACUCAGCGAAGAAACAACUGUAGGGAGUGAUGGCUGGAGCCGAAAGGUGAUCAGCCGCGCAUCAACUGCUCCAGAAUUAGGUGCAGCUGAGCACAAAGAUAAAAAUAUGUGGGCAUGGGUGGGAAAAUGGCAUACUGCGUAA